GCUUGGCAAAAAGCUCGCAGUGAUGGUUGGGAGAGAGCAUUCUGUGAAAAAAACUUUCUUUCUCAAGCCACAAUGGAAAUCAUUAUUGGCAUGAGAACCCAAUUAUUGGGACAACUCAGGGCAUCAGGUUUUGUGAGAGCACGAGGGGGUGGUGACAUUCGAGAUGUAAACACAAACUCUGAGAAUUGGGCUGUGGUGAAAGCUGCAUUAGUUGCAGGCAUGUACCCAAAUCUUAUCCACGUUGACCGAGAGAAUUUAUUGCUGACUGGAUCCAAAGAAAAGAAAGUCAGAUUUCACCCUACUUCUGUUCUCAGCCAACCACAGUAUAAGAAGAUUCCUCCAGCAAAUGGACAAGCUGUGGCUGUUCAAGCAUUGCCCACUGACUGGCUUAUUUAUGAUGAAAUGACAAGAGCUCAUCGAAUAGCUAAUAUACGUUGCUGUUCUGCUGUAACGCCAAUAUCUGUAGUUUUGUUUUGUGGUCCAGCUAGACUAUCAAGCAGUGCAUUACAAGAGCCCUCUUCCCCUCGAGGUAACACAUAUAAUGGUGUCACUAAUGACAGUAGCGAUAGUGAAAUGGAAGACAAAUCUACUUCUAAAAUGGCAACUUUAAAACUGGAAGAGUGGCUAAAUUUUAGAAUAGACCCUGAAGCAGCAAGUCUUAUCUUACAGUUACGACAGAAGUGGCACAGUCUAUUCCUGAGACGUAUGCGUGCUCCAUCAAAACCUUGGACUCAGGUAGAUGAAGCAACUAUCAGAGCAAUCAUUGGAGUCCUCAGCAGUGAGGAGCAAGCAGCAGGGUUGCAACAACCUUCUGGAAUUGGACAAAGACCAAGACCGAUGUCUUCGGAAGAACUUCCUGUCUCCUCAUCUUGGAGGUCGAACAGCAGGAAAAGUUCAGCUGAAACAGAGUUUUCAGAUGAUUCUUCCAGUGUGGAAUUCAGGGAAAGGGUUCAGUUAAAGUCGCAGCAGCAGCAGCAGCAAAGGUACAAAGAGAGGGGCUUCCUCCAUCCUAAGAGGAGUGCUGAUGACAGAUCAGAUCAGUCAUCUGUAAAAUCGACAGACAGCAGCAACUAUCCCAGCCCCUGUGCCAGCCCGUCUCCUCCACCUUCAGGCAAAGGCUCUAAAUCUCCAUCACCAAGACCGAAUGUACCAGUGCGAUUUUUCAUUUUGAAGAGCAGCAAUCUUCGUAAUCUUGAGAUUUCUCAACAAAAGGGGAUCUGGUCCACUACACCUAGCAAUGAACGCAAACUAAAUCGUGCAUUUUGGGAAAGCAGCAUUGUGUAUCUAGUAUUUUCUGUGCAAGGAUCAGGGCACUUCCAGGGCUUUGCCAGAAUGAUUUCAGAGAUUGGGCGGGAGAGAAGCCAGGAGUGGGGUUCUGCUGGGCUAGGAGGAGUCUUCCGAGUUGAAUGGAUAAGAAAAGAAAGCCUUCCUUUUCAAUAUGCCCACCAUCUGUUGAACCCAUGGAAUGAUAAUAAGAAAGUCCAAAUAAGCAGAGAUGGACAGGAAUUGGAGCCACAGGUUGGGGAACAAUUGCUGCAGCUCUGGGAGCGAAUUCCAAUAGGAGGGAAGCUACCACAGCCAGAUAGCAGACUUGGUAUAUUUGGGGAGUCUUAGAGUUCGUCCUGUUCUGUGCAGCCCACUUUACAAGAACUUUGGAAACUGCACACUUUACCUGGUUUGUUUUGCUAAAGUGAAGAUGCACAGGCACGCAAAUCCAGCUUAUUCUACAUAGAAUUUUGUAAACAUGGUAAACUUCACUGGGACCAAGUUUUAUGCUUAAAAACUGACAUGUGAUUGAUUGAGGUAUGGAGGAAGAUGGAAACAGAAUGUGUUUCAUAUUUGUGAGCUUGUCUGAUAAGAAACCUAGUUAUAUGUUGUUGAACUGUUAUGUUGCUGUUUCUGAAUUGUGAAGAAAUAGUUUCCACUGCAUUUGAUUUCAGACUGAGUAUGUGAAAGAGACAGGUGUAUUUUUUCCCUAGGCUGCCUUAAGCAUAGAUUUGGAAAUAACCUUUUCUCUGCCAGAAGUGUUUUGUGUUUUAAAAAAAAAUUUACAGAUUAGAUUUAACAUUCUUCAAAAAAUUUCAGUAGAACUGCAAUAUGAGGAUUAAUAUUAUUCUGGACCUCAUAUUUAAGUGCCGCUGUUACCUAUUUAGAAAAAUACCUAUCAAACGUCUACACUUGGUAGUCAAAUUAAAUCUUCCAACAAGUUUUGAAUUGCCUUUAUGAUAUUAGCAUACGUUCACCUGCCCAGUUCACUUUUUAUUGUGAUGGAUUUUCCAGUAAAACUGUACCAGGUUAAAAGUAUUUAUUUGGAACAUAUUGUUUAAACUGAUUAUAAUACAUGCACAGUUCACAGCCCUCUGGGAAGGAUUCUGUCUGAGCAAAAUAUUUAAAGCUAUAUUACAAGCAAAAAAUACUUUGAAACAAUUGUGCCAAGAUGAUACAUCAUUGAUAUUACUGCUUUGUUUUGACCCAAGGAACCAGUAAAAAGUAGGUGAGAAUUUUUAGCUAUUAUCUCUAAAGUAUAAGAGCAUUGCUAGCUAAACCUGGUGGCCAUGAUGAAACUUGUAUAGCAGUUAAAUGGGUUGUGUUUAAGCUUUGCACAGAAAGAAAACUUCCUCUCCAGUCUCAAAAGCUUUGAUAAACUUGCAAGAAACCGUAAAAACAGCAGUAGUGUUGAAUCAUUAUGUUGUCUGAAGUUUAUUGUUGGUCAUAAUGCAACUUAGUUUAAUGGUUACUAGCCUCAUUUUAAACCUCUAGGUUUACAUCUACAUCUGGUAGACUGUGAACAAAUCAGCACUUUGAGGCAUGUGGUAAGAAUUCAAAUAUAAACUAGUAAUGUAUUUAUUAUGUUGUACACCAUGCAGUGUAUUUUUGGGAAAUGAAUAAGAUUUGUUUUUCAUAUAUCAAUGUCAAUGGGGGCAUUUUUCAUUGCUUUGUGACAAAUUCCUCAAGUCAAACCUUUUCAAUAAAAUAUUUCUUAGAUUAAUUUUAUGAUCCAGCCUAAAUGUCCAUCAUAAUCAAUAGAAAUGCUCAAGCCUUAGCAAAGCAGUCUUGAAGACUCAUUCUACAUGGAGUUUAAUUGUAGAUGAACAGUCUUUUAAAGAAAAGAGUGGGCUGUUUUGAUUUGUUAUAUUUCACUUAUUUAAUCAUAAUUGAGGAUAAAAAUUUCUACAUUUAGCUCUUGAUUUUGCAGUUUAACUCUUUGCAUCACCAAGCUGCCUUCUGUGUUGCUGUGAACUGAUUUACCAAUCCUAGAGUUGAAUUUACCAACAAUCUCAUGCAGAAUAUAACUUUGCAUCAAGGCACGUAACAGCAAGUUCUCAACUUCAUUAGUUGCUGAAUGGGGUUAUGUGGAUCCAUACAAGGAAGCAAAUAUGACUUGCACAUGACUCCUACCAGUUGGUUUGUCUGUCAUUGACAGCAACUUUAGAAGGAGCUUGCUAGUCUGACAUUGCAAAGGUAAACAGUAUGAUUGAUUCAAACGUAAAACAUCCAUCUCUGUUUGCGAUGGCUAAAAAGGAUCAUAAAACCAAAUUAGUUUGGACAGUCUCAAUACAAAGGACUGGAGACAGAUCAUAGCACUGUUCAGUUUUGGAAGACAUGGGGAAAUAGAAAUGUCUAUUGCAGCAAGAAAUGCACUUGAGCUCAGUAAUGCUUCAAUCUUGAUAUUAGGACUGCAUUUAAUCAGAGUACUUGAUGUUGUCACUCUGUUCAAAGGAACAGUCAUUUUUAGCAGAGAUAUUAGGAACUGCAGAUGUUGGAGAAUCUGAGAUAACAAGCUGUAGAG